ACAGCUCGUGAGGCGCGGGGAGGCGCGCGCCGCGAAGGCGAGCGAGCGAGAGGGCGGCGAAGUCGGGUGGAGGCGCGGCGCGGCGGAAGCAAAAGCGGCGAGGAGGUGCACGGACGCCUUGCCUCUCUUCCACCACCCUGCGUUCCCCGCUCGCCCAUCAUGUCCCAGCCUCUGCUCCCGCAGCUCACCCAUGCGCUGCACCACCCACGCGCGCUCCCCGCGCUGCUGCGCACGCUGCACACGCGCGCACCCGCCACGAGCGCCACGCUCCUCUCCCUCCUCCUCUCCUACCUCCUCAACGCCGCAUGGCUCGACUAUACGCUCUACCGCUCUCUCGGCACCGGCGGGCUCGCGCCCGGCGGCGUGCUUGGCUGGCUAGUCCAUACAUUCUGCCUCAGGCCGCUGGCCAUGGCGCGCGGCCGGGAGAUUGACGCCAAAGCACUGCCGCUGGCAGACGGCGAGUUGAUGGGCGGGAGAAUGACGCUUGAAGGCCUGCAAGAGAGGGGCACAAGGCCGAGGACUUUUGGGUUGAUGCCGCAUCGUCAGUUGGAGGAGGGUCGCAAGGAGGGCACGGAGGAGUAUCAGGCGAUCCUAGCGCAUCUCAAUCACCUCGCAGCACACAACACCUCCCUCACUCGGUCCCUCUCCGUGCUCGAAGCACACACCGCGCCCUCUCUCCAAGUCACACACGCCCCUGCAGCAAGCCGCGCCACGUCGCUCUCGCAGCUCUUCCUCUCCGGCCUGCACGCUCCGCGCUCCAACGCCUCUUCUUUCUCGCGCGAGUUUGCGCACCUACACGCACACGACGGCUCGCUGCACGUCGUGCUCGCGCCACAAGAUGCGGCGCUGCUCCUCGAGCGGCGCUGGGGCGAGCUGCAUCGCCUCGCAGGCGUCGCUUAUCGCGGCAGCUGGUGGCCUCCCGUCUGGCUGCCGAUGCCCAUCUCGGCGGCGGCGAGAUGGGCAUACCUGCACGACAAGGCACGCAAGGGAGAGAAGGCGAAGAUCUUGCCGCCGACUUACUGCCUCGUCUAUGCCCCGCGCUCGAGGGAAGAGGUGGAGAGCGUCAAGAUGGUGCUUAACGCGGCCGCUACUUUCGCACUCGGCCAUCCUCCGCAACUCUGAACGUCAUC